CAGUUGACGCAGUGAGAAGAGUAGGGGUCUGAAGAUGAAAAUAACUAGGGCAGGUGACAUAGUCUAAGUGUCAAGCCCACUGGUAAGGGGAGUCAUCCCUGUCAUCUUUGGUGUAGCUGUAAACAUGACUUGACCGGUGAUUACAUUCAUGGCUCUUGGCUGAUCUGGUGAACCAUGGAGCUCAAAGUAUGGGUGGAUGGAGUCCAAAGAAUCGUUUGUGGGGUCACUGAAGUAACAACUUGCCAGGAGGUUGUGAUAGCCCUUGCUCAGGCUAUAGGUCGCACGGGAAGAUACACAUUGAUAGAAAAAUGGAGAGACACAGAGAGGCACCUGGCACCUCAUGAAAAUCCAAUAAUUUCAUUGAACAAAUGGGGACAGUAUGCAAAUGAUGUUCAGUUAAUAUUACGUCGCACAGGACCAUCUCUCAGUGAGAGGCCAACUUCAGACAGUGUUGCUCGAAUCCCAGAAAGAACUUUGUAUCGGCAAAGCUUACCUCCAUUGGCCAAGCUAAGACCUCAGAAUGACAAACUGAUAAAAAGAAGAGAGCCCAAAAGGAAAUCUUUGACCUUCACAGGGGGUGCAAAAGGAUUAAUGGACAUUUUUGGCAAAGGUAAAGAAUCUGAUUUCAAACAAAAGGUGCUCAAUAACUGUAAGACGACAGCAGAUGAGUUGAAGAAACUGAUACACCUCCAGAAUGAGAAACUUCAAUCCAUUGAGAAACAGCUGGAGUCAAAUGAAGCUGAAAUCCGCUACUGGGAGCAGAAGUAUAAUUCUAGCCUGGAAGAGGAAAUUAUCAAGCUAGAGCAAAAGAUCAAAAGGAAUGAAGUGGAGAUUGAAGAGGAGGAAUUCUGGGAAAAUGAACUGCAGAUUGAGCAAGAAAAUGAAAAGCAGCUGAAGGAACAACUCCAGGAGAUCAAGCAAAGGAUUCUGGAGUGUGAGAGCAAGUUAAAGGACUGCAUGGCUCAAAUCUACAACAUGGAAAGUGGCCUUGAGGCAGAGAAGUUGCACCGAGAAGUUCAGGAGUCCCAAGUGAAUGAAGAAGAGGUCAAAGAAAAGAUUGAGAAGGUGAAAGGCGAAAUUGACAUUCAGGGCCAACAAAGUCUAAGGUUGGAAAAUGGCAUUAAAGCUGUGGAAAGGUCAUUGGGCCAAGCCACCAAACGAUUGCAGGACCGAGAGCAAGAACUGGAACAGCUGACAAAGGAGCUGCGACAAGUAAAUCUCCAGCAGUUUAUCCAGCAAACAGGAACAAAGGUCACAGUGCUUCCCGCAGACCCUAUCGAAAUAGAUGCUUCACAUGUGGAGCUUGAAAGAGAGACGACAUUUCAGUCUGGGUCCCUGAAGCGUCCUGGUUCAUCAAGGCAGCUCCCCAGUAAUCUUCGUAUUCUGCAGAAUCCUCUGUCAUCUGGUUUUAACCCUGAGGGCAUUUAUGUAUAACAGUAGAUACCUCUUCUGGAGAGGACCUACAAAGCAUCCAGCAUUUCAUCAUAUAUCAAGUCUCAACCACAGGAGUGUUGUGGAGGUGCUGUAUCACCAAGAUGGUCUUUAACAAUUGAUUGUGUGUGCUGACAUUGUGGAUUAUGAUACAUCCUGCCCUUUGCUAUCUUUGAAGGCCAAACUGAGUUUGGAGGAUUCAUUUUCUAUUGAUUUCUGCUUUGAAUGAACUAUUAAUUCCUCAAAAGAUUAUGGAAUUUAUACCUGGCUUGAUAUGACUAUAUCCAGUGUAUGACUGAAGAUGCACUAGCUAGACCAUAUUUUUUUUUUAUAUAGAAUGCCUAUUUCAGAUAUUUUGCCAUGUUGUAUAUGCCUUUGAGAAGCAAACAAUGUAAGUAAGGAGUCUUCAUCAUAUCUUACCAGAAGAGUUUAUUAUAUUUUCAGUGUUAUUUUUACUCUUUUUUUUUCCCCACUCACCUGCCAUUACAAGGUUCUUGUUUUGCUGUUGCUAAAAAGAAAAUCUGGAAUUCACAAAAAUUCUCUCAAAGCAUGAUGAGUGUAUAGAAUCCUGGUCCCAUGGAAGCUGGCAGCACCAGAACUUCUACCAGCUUCACUGAAGUCAGGAUUUCUCUCUCGAUUCUUAACUCCCCUCCCCUCCCCCCCAAGAACAUCCUGGAAUGUGUUUAGUCAGGUCAGCAAGUUACACAACACUUAUUUCAGUAUACAUAAUCUUACAGAUGGGAGAAUGAAGAAGGAAAUUCACACAUUUAAAUAGUAAACUCCAUUUAUUUUUACAAUGUUUUAAGUUCAUCUAGCACACAACUAAAAAUCUUAGUAGCUGUCAACAAAGGAGCUCUCCAGACCGUUUAAAGGUAAGUGCAUUAUAGGUAUGAGACUUCCAAAUAAUAUAUGGGUUGCAACAUGAAGCUGUGGUCCUACACUCAGAUUCAUACAGCAGGUAUCUGAGUUGUUACCGAAUACCUUUGGCUUGAAUAGGAAUCCCAUCUGUACAACCUGGAGUCUACCGGAUAGUAUAAUGCCACCAGAUAUUGCCUUCUCAUGUCACUGAUGAAUAAAAUGCCAAGUUUGAUUAACUAAAUUCAAAAUUCAGAAAUUUCAAAUUUUCCAAAUUCAAAUUAGAAACCCAAUUUCUUUUGUCCAGACAAAUGCUAAAUCAAAUUCCUUAUUUAAAAAAAGCUAUGUAGUCACACUGAUAAAGUUUUAUAGAACACAGUAAAGAUGAAGAAUUCUGAAGAAUUACAUGCAAUUAUUUUCCUUCCUGUCUUAUUAAUGGCACCAUAUGUACUAGAAAUGGUGCUGUACUAAGACUAACAGCAAUUUCAAAUUGCAUUGUGACAUUAUAAAAGACUUUUCCAAAUAGAUUCAGCUGAAAAAUAAAAUUCAGCACUCUGGACUCUUCACCUGUGAACAAACUGGAAAAUGUACUGCUCCAGCCUAAAGAAUCUUUGUAACACUUGCAGGUUUUGAUAACAGGUUAUUAUGAUUCCGUGUUCCACUUCUGUUUUAUUCAGAACUUUUCUUAUGUUAAAAAGAGAAUGUAUAUAUUAGUAUAAUACAUACAUGAUUUGAGGACUCCUAUUUUUUGUCCAAAGCACUUGAGCAUAUAUGCCUUACUUCCUGGGCCCAAUUUACAGGGAAUAAAAUAGCCCAGAGGAUGGGAUACUUAGUAUUCUCUACUCUCCUUAAAAAGGACAGAUUUGAGCAGAAUCAGAUUCAAGUUGUGUUACAUGGCAAAGAGGCUAUGUUACUUAUUCACAAAGAAAAGUUUGAUCCAAACCUUGACCUGAGAUUAAGUAUUUUUCUGGCAGAACAGCAUAUCCUCAAAAUUUUCCAUUAUACAGUAAGUGACUGACCUAGGUUCCUUUUGAUUUCAGUGAGAGCUUGAGCAGGUCUUACAGUAAUAAGAGCCAUUCUCUCCUCCCUCUCUUCCUUCCUUCCCUCUGCCUCUAUGCUCUGGGGGAAAAGAGUUUUAAACCCCCCCCCCUUUUCCCUUCUAUUCAGGGCAUUCAUCAGUAAACGUUUGGAGUCUUUCCCCCUAAAUGAAUGUUUUAAAUUUGGCAUAGGUAGGUAACGAUAGCUGUCAAGGAGUUAAUUGGUUUAGAAACAAAUGUCAUUGCAACUAGUGGCCCCACUAGGUGUGGGCUGAAGAACACCAACAAGACAACCAGAGCAGCUUCAGCCAACCAAGUGAAGAGAGAACUUGGGCCUCCAGAUGUUUUGCUACCCAGGCAGUAAAAGAGCAUAAAAGCUGACAAUCCACUUUUCUUGGCCAUACUUUUAAUGUGUUGAGCUUUUAUGUAGU